GUUAAGUGUGACACCGGACCGGAUGUUUUCCUGGGAGAGCAAACUGUUUAAGAAUAGAAGUUUUAUCGGGAAAUCGACUUAUUUGUAGAGGUGAUCCGUAAAUAUUAUAUGAAAGAUAGUCCAUUUGAGUAUCUUUAGUGUCCUUGAGAUCUUUUACAAAGUACUUUUUGCGUUUUUUUUUUAAACAAGAGUCUGAAUCUUUACCUUGAUUAUUAUAAAAUCAGGAAUUUAAAUUCAAAAAAUGAGUCUAAAAAUCAAAUUAUUCGCUCUACAGCAUUGAAUUGGCGUUUUCGAUUGCGAGAUUCCUACUCGAAACUAGGUGUCCAAAGGCUUGAUUGUUGAGGCAAAUGCAAAUGAAUCAGUUGGUUGAAUACCUAGUAUUAACCCUCUACAACCUAACCCCGCCUCUAGACGGGCUUCGAUUUGAAAAAUCGCCAAAAAUCCAUUUUUCAACCAAUUUUUGAUCUUUAAAAAGCACUGGAAAGAAGAACUCUUAAAAUUUUAGAAAAUUUCAGGGUUGGAAGUUUAACUUGUUUUAUGUGACUUUGCCAAUGUUUUUAAAAAUGUCAUUUUUUUAGGGGUCAACUUAGGCUGUGUUUUUCACUAACAUUUCCAAUAUUUUCAGUAAAAAGAAGUAUGCAGUAAUUUUUGUAGUGCCCCAGACUAUGCCUCUACGCAUUUUUUUGCAAUUUAAAUGAUGAUGGUGCGAUUCUAUAGCAGAAAAUGUGAAAAACAUGCAAAAAAUUGAAUAAGUGACUGUAAAAACAUGAAAAAAUUAGAUAGGCGAAAUGUAAUUAUAUUAGGUGGUAGAGUAGGCCAAAUAACACCAAAAACAAACAUAAACUAAACAAGAUAAAUGCAAAUUAAAAUACUAAAAAUGAAACAAGAAAAACAUAAAACAAGAGAAGUAAAGUUUUUCGUAGAACAAAAGUUGCUCAAAAUGACCUCCUAAACACGGGAAAAAUAAAUAUUUUCGAAAAAAAAUUUGGGCAGUAGAGGGUUAAAGCACAGACAAACAGACGUAAAUCUCUUUUUAAUUCCAUCAAUCAGGAAUAUAACGGCUGAUUUGAAUUUAAACUUAGUUCUCGGAUUAUCCACCAGAAUAGGAUUGCGCUGCAAUCAAGGCACACUUUCAAAUGACGUUAAAGCUAGCGCGCCAAAAGUUUCAGGUAGCGCGCCAAAAGUUUUGUUUUUUUUUUCUGCUGCUACUUGAGUGUGAGGAUGGACCAGUUUGGAGAAGAUUGGUCGGUGGAAUUUUUGAAUCCGGACCCGCCUCCGGGUGUGGAUUCCGCUGAAUGGUCUGUUGAGCAUUUAGAUAAUCCUCAAUCCUUCCCGGCCGAACCGUUAGAAGAAGAGACGCCGGAUUGGUUUGAAAGUUUUAUCACAAAACACGAGCUACAGGAUGAAGAUAUGCCGGAUGCGAACUGCGGCAGUCUACUGCAAGACCGACACGAGCCACUGGACGAAGAAAUGCCGGAAGCUACGAGUAACGAUUCCGGUGUUUUGAACAUCGGAAGAUUCUUAGGCAAUUCCAACAACGAGACGCCGUCCCAUUCAGCUGAUUUUGUUAUUUCAUCCGUCGGCGUUGAUGGUGUACCCCAACUUGACCAGGUGAAUGGGUUAGGCAAUGCAGUGUCCACCGGAAUCGCCUCGCCAACCUCGAGCACGUAAGAGACCGCGAGAAUCUUUACUCCGUCGUGGUCCUCAAAUCCGGCCUUUGUGAAUGACGCUGUGUCCAGCGAUGGCAAUUGCGCGGCCCGGCCGACUUCGAGCACGCAAGAGACCGUGAUAAUCUUAACUCCGUCGUGGUCCUCAAAUCCGGCCGUCAUGAAUGACGCUGUGUCCAGCGAUGGCGAUUGCGCUUACCACGAUUUCAGCAACUCGGUAUUGACAACCCGGCCGACCUCGAGAAUGUUGACUCCGUCGUGGCCUCAGAAUUAAACCCAAAAAAAAUGUAUAAUUUUAUUUAACUAUGCAAAGAAAACUAUUUUAAACCAAUGCAGUCUAACCAACUGGCAUAAAUAAAUGUAUUUCUAGUUAUUCGAAUGCUAAGCCGUUCAUAUUAUCAAUAAUCGGAUUAGCGAAUUG